GACCUCGCGCUUUCUUUUCGACGCAUGCGCGGUGGCUCGUUGUCUCGGGGUGCUGGAGGAGUUCGAAAUGGCUCCUGUGAGCCGCUUUUCUGUCCGCGUCAGAUCAUAAUUGUUGAAGACUAAAACAGCAAAAGGAUUUUGUCUCUCACCAUGGCUCAGUUCGGAGGGCAGAAGAAUCCCCCUUGGGCUACCCAGUUUACAGCCACUGCAGUAUCUCAGCCAGCUGCUCUUGGAGUUCAGCAGCCAUCUUUACUUGGUGCAUCUCCAACAAUAUAUACACAACAAACUGCGUUGGCAGCAGCAGGCCUGAGUACUCAGACACCAACAAACUAUCAACUCAGUCAGACAGCUGCUUUGCAACAGCAAGCGGCUGCUGCAGCUGCCGCGUUACAGCAGCAAUAUUCACAACCACAGCAGACCCUCUAUAGUGUACAGCAGCAGUUGCAGCAACCUCAACAAACACUUUUAACCCAGCCAGCUGUGGCACUGCCAACAAGCCUUAGCCUAUCUACUCCUCAGCCAGCAGCACAGAUAACUGUUUCUUAUCCAGCACCACGGUCAAGUCAACAGCAGACCCAACCACAGAAGCAGCGUGUCUUUACUGGGGUUGUGACGAAGCUACAUGACACAUUUGGUUUUGUUGAUGAAGAUGUAUUCUUCCAGCUCAGUGCUGUUAAAGGGAAAACUCCUCAAGUAGGAGACAGAGUUUUGGUAGAAGCAACAUAUAAUCCUAAUAUGCCUUUCAAAUGGAAUGCACAGAGAAUUCAGACACUACCAAACCAGAACCAGACUCAAACCCAGCCUUUACUCAAGACUCCUCCACCUGUACUUCAGCCCAUUGCACAGCAGACUGCAUUUAGUGUUCAGGCACAGCCGCAGCCACAAUCGCUGUUGCAGGCACAAAUAUCAGCAGCUUCAAUUACACCUUUGCUUCAGACACAACCACAGCCUUUGUUACAACAGCCACAGCAGAAAGCUGGUUUGCUACAGCCCCCUGUUCGAAUAGUUUCACAGCCUCAACCAGCACGGAGAUUAGAUCCACCACCCAGAUUUUCGGGGCGGAAUGACAGAGGAGAUCCUAUGGCUAACAGAAAAGAUGACAGAAGUCGUGAAAGGGAGCGUGAGAGGCGUAGGUCACGGGAAAGAUCACCCCAGAGAAAACGUUCUAGAGAAAGAUCACCUCGGCGAGAGAGGGAAAGAUCACCACGAAGACCCCGGCGUGUUGUUCCCCGUUACACGGUCCAGUUUUCCAAGUUCUCAUUAGACUGCCUUAGUUGUGAUAUGAUGGAACUGAGACGACGUUAUCAGAACUUAUACAUCCCAAGCGACUUCUUUGAUGCUCAGUUUACAUGGGUGGAUGCUUUUCCUAUGUCAAGACCAUUUCAGCUAGGAAACUACUGCAACUUCUACGUAAUGCAUAGAGAAGUAGAUCCUUUGGAUAAGAACACUGCUGUACUGGACCCACCAGAUGCUGAUCAUCUUUACAGUGCAAAGGUGAUGCUCAUGGCCAGUCCUAGCAUGGAAGAUCUUUAUCACAAAUCAUGUGCCCUUGCUGAAGAUCCACAAGAGGUCCGGGAUGGUUUUCAGCAUCCUGCUAGACUUAUAAAGUUUUUAGUGGGUAUGAAAGGUAAAGAUGAAGCCAUGGCUAUUGGUGGACACUGGUCACCCUCACUGGAUGGACCUGACCCAGAGAAGGACCCAUCUGUGCUGAUUAAAACUGCUAUCCGUUGUUGCAGGGCUCUAACAGGGAUUGAUUUAAGUGUAUGCACACAAUGGUACCGUUUUGCAGAGAUUCGCUACCAUCGCCCUGAGGAGACCCACAAGGGGCGUACGGUUCCAGCUCAUGUGGAGACAGUGGUUUUAUUUUUCCCGGAUGUUUGGCAUUGCCUUCCCACCCGCUCAGAGUGGGAAACCCUCUCCCGAGGAUACAAGCAGCAGCUGGUCGAGAAGCUUCAGGGUGAACGCAAGGAGGCUGAUGGAGAACAGGAUGAAGAGGAAAAGGAUGAUGGGGAAGCAAAAGAGAUUUCUACUCCUACUCAUUGGUCUAAACUUGAUCCAAAAGCAAUGAAGGUUAAUGACUUACGCAAGGAAUUAGAAAGCCGAACUCUUAGCUCAAAGGGUCUAAAAUCCCAACUGAUAGCCCGGCUAACAAAACAGUUAAAGGUGGAAGAGCAAAAAGAAGAACAGAAAGAACUGGAGAAGUCUGAAAAGGAAGAUGAAGAAGAGGAAGAGAGGAAAUCUGAAGAUGACAAAGAGGAGGAAGAAAGGAAACGCUUAGAGGAAGUGGAACGCCAGCGUCGAGAGAGGCGAUACAUCUUGCCUGAUGAACCGGCAAUUAUUGUGCAUCCUAACUGGGCAGCCAAAAGUGGAAAGUUUGACUGCAGUAUUAUGUCUCUUAGUGUUCUUCUGGAUUACAGGCUGGAAGAUAACAAAGAACAUUCUUUUGAAGUAUCAUUAUUUGCAGAACUUUUCAAUGAAAUGCUUCAAAGGGAUUUUGGUGUCCGAAUCUACAGAUCCCUGUUGUCUCUUCCGGAUAAGGAAGAUAAAAAAGAUAAAAAGAACAAAAAAGAUGACAAAAAAGAUAAAAAGGAAGAGCGAGAUGAUGAAAACGAUGACCCAAAGCCUAAAAGAAGAAAAUCUGGAGAUGAGAAAGAUAAAAAAGAUGACAGAGAUGACAGAAAGAGAGAAGAUAAGAGGAAAGAAGAUUCUAAAGAUGAAGAUGAAAUGGAAGAUGACAAUAACCAGGAAGAAUAUGAUCCAAUGGAAGCUGAAGAUGCUGAGGAUGAAGAUGAUGAUAGGGAUGAGGAGGAGGUGAAUAGGCGAGAUGACAGAAGAGAAGGAAGCCGGCAUUGCAAAGAGAGGGCUUCUAAAGAUAAGGAAAGAGACAAAACCCAGAUGAUAACUGUUAACCGAGAUCUUCUGAUGGCUUUUGUUUAUUUUGAUCAAUGCCAUUGUGGGUACCUUCUGGAAAAGGACUUGGAAGAGAUACUGUAUACACUUGGAUUACAUCUCUCACGAGCUCAGGUUAAGAAGCUGCUUAAUAAGGUAGUACUUCGCGAAUCUUGCUUUUAUAGAAAACUGACAGAUACUUCUAAAGAUGAAGAAAAUCCUGAAGAAGUGGAAACGCCACAGGAGGAAAUGCUAGGAAACAGGCUGCUGCUACCAUCACCUGCUAUAAAACAGGAAUCUAAAGGAUCAGAAGAAAAUGUUGGUCUCAUUGUAUACAAUGGAGCUAUGGUGGAUGUAGGGAGUCUCUUACAGAAAUUAGAGAAGAGUGAAAAAGCACGGGCUGAGAUGGAACAAAAGCUUCAAUCAUUAGAAGAAAAGACAGAUGAAGAUGAAAAGAUUAUAUUGAAUUUGGAGAAUUUGAAUAAAGGGUUGUCUACAGAAAUUAAAGAAGUCAAAAAAGACCUUGGCCAACUGCAAGAGAACUUGAAGGUAACAGAAGAUACAAAUUUACAGUUUGAAGGGCAGCUGAGUAAGACAAUCAAAAGUUUGGCUACAGUUAUGGAUGAAAUACACACUGUCCUUAAGAAGGAUAUUGUCAAGACUGAAGAUAAAGAUCAAAAAUCCAAAGAAAAUGGAGCAAAUGUAUGACGAACUUGCUGCUGAAAUAAAUGGUGUUACAUAAUGUAAUAUAAAUCAUGAAACUGGAGUGUAUGAAAGUGAUGCAUGUUUGAUUUUAGUAGUAUAAAUACUUUAGUCAAAGCAAGGAUGUAUAAAGUUUUAUAAAUGUGCGAGCCUGCUUCAAAGGAUUGCUUGUAAUUCAUAGCCCUCAAUUUAUUAGACACUCCUUGAGUGAAAAUAAUUUUGCAUUGCAAAAUGUUUUAGGGUAAACUUUGUUAUAGUUUGAACGCUAAUAAAGUUCAUCAACUUAAUGGGAAGUAGUAAGUAUUUAAUUACCAAAUGUUUUCCUUCAAAGUCUAGUGGAAACAUUUUUUUCAUUAUUUAUAGAAACUCCAUUCUUAGGUUUUUAUUUCAGUCUAAUUAGUCUUUUAAAAUUCAGAUAUAAAUCAUAGCAUGCUGCUUAAUUUUGCAAGUAAAGAUUUUUAAAGAAAACCUCGAAUUUCUUGUCACAAUUUUUUCCCCUUUAAAUCGUGACUUUACACUUGUGAGUUCUUACUGCUGUUUUGAUACUCAGUAAUUGAGUUUGAGAAAAAUAGUUUUAAAAAACUUAUCAAAAUGUUGAUAAGUUGGGAUUUAUAUGAAAAAGAGAUUUGUUUUAUUAUACAUAUUUUGUAUUCCUUGAAAUGUCCUAUCUAUCCCUUCAUUAAUAUAUUAGCUACUUAAAACAAAAAAGCAGUUUAUGGAAAUGUACAAUUGACUAUUGCAUACCAGGCCAGUAGAUGUCAGUAUGAUGUUUUAUUUGGAGAAAUUGCAACUAGUUUUAUAUUGGCUUUCAUUAAAUUGGCUAUUUACUUUCCCAGUGUUAAUUUCUUAAGAUUUAAAACAGCCCUCAAACAGAUAAGGUAUUAUGUGCAUUUCACAUAAGUUUAUAAAAGACCUAAAUUUAACAAGUGACGUAGCAUUUUUGUUGUUGUGAUGAAGUAAUGUGGUAUAUAAGAUUAUAUUUUGUCACACACAUUUCAUUCAGUAGAGGAGGAAUAACUUAACAUUAACUUGGAAUUGGAGGUAAAAUAAGGGUUUCUAUCCUAACUGUAAUUACGUGGCUACAGGGUGCCCAUAUUGUAUGGUGUUGGCAGCUAUGCUGGUUUGUUGGCAGAAACCGUAAAAUGUUUGAAAUUGUUCUGUUCAAAAGAACAGAACAAUUUUCUCUUUUUAUCAGUUUUGGCUCCUCGAAGUCAAACAUUUCUAACAUUUCUGGUUGUGAGCGCAUCUUGAAUAAACACUUCCCAUUCCCAA